CAGAAUCUUGCUCUGUCACCCAGGCUAGAGUGCAAUGGCCCAAUCUUGGCUCACUGCAACCUCUGCCUCCUGAGUUUGAGUGAUUCUCCUGUCUCAGCCUCCAGAGUAGCUGAGAUUACAGGCACGCACCACAAGGCCUGGCUAAUUUUUGUAUUUUUAGUAGAGAGAAGGUUUUGUCAUGUUGGCCAGGCUGUCUCAAACCCUUGACCUCAGGUGAUCCUCCCGCCUCAGCUUCCCAAAGUGCUGGGAUUACAGGCAUGAGCCACCAGGCCCGGCCGAAGUUUUCUUUUCUUGUUGAUUUCUUUGUCUGGUUGGAAUCAGAGUCCACACCCGGCUGAAGUUUUUGUUUCUUGUUGAUUUCUUUGUCUGGUUGGAAUCAGAGUAAUACUUGCCUUAUAGAAUUAGUUGUUAAUUGUUUCGUCCUCUUCUAUAUUUUGGAAUAGUUUCUUAAGUGUUAUUCUUUCAUUGUUCAGUGGAAUUUACCAGCGAAGCCAUCUGGACCUGUGCUUUUCCUUCUGGAUAGGUUUUUUUUUUUCUUGCUAAUUCAAUUUCUUUAAUUAUGUUAGAUCUAGUCAGAUUUUUCUUUAUGCCUUCUUGAGUUGAUUUAGGUAGUUUGUGUUUUUCUAGGAAUCUGGCCAUUUUAUCUACUUUAUCUUUUUUAAGCAUAGUUGUUCAUAGUAUUCCUUCUUAUUCCUGUUUAUUUCAGCAAGGCUAUUAGUGAUGGUUCUUUUAUUCUUGCUUGUAUUAAAUCUUCUCUCUUUUUUUUCUUAGUUUCACUAAAGGUUUGCCAAUCUUGUUGAUCCUUUUAGGGAACCAAUUCUUGGUUUCAUUGAUUUUCUUUAUUGAUAUUCUGUCUCCUUCUUUUCUAAUCUUUAAUAUUUCCUUUCUUCUGUUUGCUUUUGGUUUAGCUUUCAUUUUUUCUAGUCUCAUGCCUCUAAUGAAAGGCCUCAUCUCUUCCAACUCAUUCUCUUCAACUGUUGCCUAAGUUGUUUGUAUAUCUGAAACAUAAAUUUGAUGGUGUCACUUAGAAGCUUAAAAGUCUUCUCAUUGUUCCCGUUCCUUAAAAAGUAAAAUUCAAAUUUUGUAUAAUGGCAAACAACACCUUUCAUAAUCUUAACCAGUUUACCUUAACAAUCAAACCCACCUUUCCAAUCACAUAAAAUCACCUGGAAUUUAUAUAUACAUUUUUAACCUCUUUUCCUUUGUACUUGUGUUUUCUCAAUUUGUUCUUUUCUCCUACUGACUUUUUAGAAAGUCACCCACGCAUUUUAGUUAUUUCCUUUUCCCUGGUACCAUCACACUUUGCAUCAACUUCUUUUAGAACAGUUACCAAAUUAUUUAUUAAUACACGCCUUCUUCAUUAUUCUUUGAAUUCCAGGAUGUGAAAUCCCAUUUUAGAAAUUAUGUCCCAGUAACUGACACAUAGUGAGUGGUCAGUGUUUGUGGAGGUAGGAAAAAGUGGUAUGGUCUGAUAUCAUUUCGUCUGGAAAAAAGAUGAUGUAUUUCAGCCAGUGAAAUCGAAAAGAGCGAUGGAAAAUGACCUCACACUCCAUAGGGCUUUGGUUCGUAAGACACAGAGUAUACUGAUAUCCUUGUGCGAAGAACUAACUUGCUGUUGAGAGAUCAAUUCAGAGGAUGCUCAUGGUCCGUUAUCACCUUCAUUUUACUAAACUGAGAAAGGAAGGUUGAGGAAUGCAUCAACGGUUAAGCACAGUGCAGGUUCCUACAGCGACUGGAGUUUUUUGGUAGUUGGGAAUGUUUCCCUCAAUCUUUGGGCAAGCCGUCAGCAGUGGCAGGAACAGGAACAGACAGCUGAGAAACCCUUUCUUUCCCCAAUCAUCUUCUAGCUUAGCUUUAGGCUUGUAUGCCCAUCGCGCAUGCGUCAAUUUUUCUCUUUUAAUAUGGGCGGGGCAGAGUCUUUGCUCCUUUGGCGAUCCUGAGGGGGUGGAGCUAAGCUGUUUCCAGGGUGACAGAGUGGCGACCUCGGUGGUCGAUUGAGCAGGUCUGAGAAUUGUUCCCAAAGGGCUGUGCGUCACCGAGUCGUCGGUGCUGUCAUGGCGGGUGUGCUGAAGAAGAGGCUAAGAAUAUUGUACACAAAGAUUCUUGAUGUUCUUGAGGAAAUCCCUAAAAAUGCAGCAUAUAGAAAGUAUACAGAACAGAUUACAAAUGAGAAGCUGGCUAUGGUUAAAGCGGAACCAGAUGUUAAAAAAUUAGAAGACCAACUUCAAGGCGGUCAAUUAGAAGAGGUGAUUCUUCAGGCUGAACAUGAACUAAAUCUGGCAAGAAAAAUGAGGGAAUGGAAACUAUGGGAGCCAUUAGUGGAAGAGCCUCCUGCCGAUCAGUGGAAAUGGCCAAUAUAAUUAUUAAGUGACUUUGAUGUGUUCAUGGGAAACUGAUGUAAUUAAAUAUUCUGUUAUAUUAAGAGUGUGUUCUUAUUACUGACAUUUUGUAAUCAAGAAAAGUGAUAUAGAAAAUAUGUAGGAGACUGUUAAAAUUGGUGAUUAUGGUAAUAUGGUCAUGUGAAUCCAUUUUUGAUUUAUAAAGUACUCACACAAGUUGUUUCAAAGAUGAUAUUUCUGUGAACAGAGAGGCCAUGGGAAGAUUUGAAAAUUAUUAAAGAAAAAUUCCUACAGAUCUUCAAUGCAGAGACCAUAAUCAAAAAGUAAACUUUCUUUAGUAGUAUAUUCAAUACAUCAUUUAAUUUUUUAAGUUAUCCUGAAGAAGAAAAGGUCCUUAAUUAUUAUAGUCUAAACAAAUUUAUAGAUUACUGUUUGAAGUAAAUAAUACGAGUGAAUAUUUUCAAAUGUGAUAAAAUAGCACAAGUGGCUGGUGAUAAAAUUUGAAAUUAUGGUUAACCUCAGCUGUGAUCUUAUGUAUGUAAAGUGAAAUUUAAAUAGAUAAUUAUAGGUUGAUUACAAAAUCCAUAGUGUCAUUUUAUUUUAGUCAUUAUUGAAUUAUACCAUUUACUCUGUUUUCUUAUAGUCUUAAUUUUAUUAUAUUUUGUUGUUACUGUAUUAUAUUUGAAAACCUUCAAAUUAGAAUACAUUGUACAGUUAAAGAAAUUGACUUGGUACUUAAAAGAAAGAUUUCCCAUUGCAUACAGGUUAUUGGAGAAAUUUUCCUUUUGUUGCAUUUGUGGAAGUUAGUUUUCUGGCCCGUGGCCUUUAAUUUUCUUAAUCAACCUAAUUACAUCAGGAUAGAGGUAGAGUUUCUGUAAAAGAAGAGACAUUAAAAGUUCCUGAAAUUUGUGUCUGGCAUACGGAUAGGCUUAUAUUCAAAACAUCUUAGUCAUACAACCAUAAAUUAAAAGUGGAGUCACUAAAUAGUUUGCAGUAUGUUUCUAAUAUAAGUGUAGGUGGGUAUCAAAACAAGACAAAUGCUGUUCAGGGAAAGAAGUUGGCAAGCUUAAGGUUAAACAAAAAUAAAAUUACAUGUGUUUUCGCCUUUUC